GGACACGCAUGUUACUCCUUCCUCUCUUCAACAGUGGUUUUGAAAAAUCAGCAAAAGUUCUUAAUAAACGAGCAGCAAAGAAAAUUCUAACAAAUGAUGGCUGCAACUUCAGCUGAUUUUUUGAACAUUCUUCCAUACAGGGAAGUCAUCUGGAGUAACCAAACCAACCUAGCCAGAAACUUCUUGGAAAUCCAGAACAAUGCCAGUUGUCCCUUAAAUGAAGACUCAUUGUCAUUUGCUUUAAUAUUUUUUUACUCCAUUAUUUUUGUUAUUGGAUUGGUUGGAAAUAUUAUAGCCCUGUUUGCUUUUCUCUGCAUUCAUCAGAAAAGGAAUUCUAUCCAAGUUUACUUGCUAAAUGUAGCUAUUGCAGAUCUUCUGCUGAUCUUCUGUCUUCCAUUCCGAAUAUUGUAUCACGUUACCAGAAACACAUGGAUGUUUGGAUUGAUUUUAUGCAAGAUUGUAGGAACUCUAUUUUAUAUGAACAUGUACAUUAGCAUAGUACUGCUGGGACUAAUUAGUCUAGAUCGCUAUAUAAAAAUAAAUAAGUCUGUGAAACGUCCUAAAAUGUUAACUACUACACGAAGUAUAUAUAUUUGUUGCAUAGUGUGGGCACUUGCACUAACAGGAUUUAUAAUAGUAGUUGCACCAUCUUUCCUUGAGAGUGAAGAAGGUAACUCCACUAUGUGCUUUCAUUACAGAAAUAAACACAAGGCAAAGACAGAAGCAAUUUUAAAUUACUUUAUUGUUGUCAUUUUUUGGAUAGUUUUUUUCCUUUUGAUACUUUCAUAUGUUAAAAUUGCCAAGAACCUUCUGAAAAUUUCUAAGAAAAGAGCUAAUUUUCCUAAUGCAGGAAAAUACACCCAGACAGCAAGGAAUUCUUUCAUCGUACUCAUUAUUUUCACUGUAUGUUUUGUUCCUUAUCACGUGUUCCGAUUCAUCUACAUUACAUCACAAUUACAAAAUCCAUCUUGCUUUUGGAAGGAGAUCAUUCACAAAUGCAAUGAGGUCAUGCUUAUAUUUUCAUCUUUUAACAGCUGCUUAGACCCAGUUAUGUAUUUCCUGAUGUCCGGAAGUGUGCGGAAGACUGUAUUCCAGCUUAUUUGUAGAAGACUUCAUAGGGAUUCUACAGUAACUUUAGAAAGUACUUCGGAAAUGCAACUUGGACAAUACGCACCCGAAAGAUUAUCUACUACCACUCCCUAUUCAAGUUCUUUUAAAAAGAAGUCGCUGAUCUGAUCAUUUAAAUUAAUGGAUAAUGGCUUCUCUUUGUGAUUUUAGGACAUCAGUUCAAGAUACACCAACGUAAUACUACGCAGUUACUAAUCCUGCCUCUGUCUUCCCGUUGAGAAAUGAUAAGUCUUCUGUUCAUGCAAAGAAGUGACUUUUUAGAAAGAGUUUACUUUCUUUAUCGAAGAAAACAAAAUGGGAAACUUAAUGUUAUCUCGGACAUCUUCUAUUCGACUCAUCCAGAACACUAACUCUUUGGGGAGAUUUCCACAGUGGUUUUAACCUGUAUAUAUAAGGAAUCUUGUAUGUACACAUUAGUAUCACCAAUUGCGUAUGUAAACAACAUGAAUUUUGCAAAAGUAAUGCUUUCGUAACCUAUUCAAAAGAGCUAUGCUACUUACUACAGAUUUCCUACCUUUCUCUGUUUUAAUACGUUUCAAAGAGAUCAGUGUUUUAACUGCAUUUUAUAGAACUAAUUUUUCAGGUGAGUAUUUCAGAAUUUAACAAUGUAUAUGGCUUUACAAUGAGCUAAAGAA